ACACCAGUGACCUUCAUUCCUCUCCACCCGAAGAACGAGAAGGAUAUCGGGGUCGCGGCCGGUAUCGUCCCCAGUCAGCAGCCUGCGUGUGCCACCAUGGCGCUGCGUCUGCUGCCCGCCAUCAUCACGGACAACGACGAGGACGACGACGGCAACUUCACCAAGUGGAUGAGCAGCUACUGGGGCCACGGCGCGGAGGGCGGACGGUCCAGGGACAGGAAACGGAGCUUUCGAAGACCCGUACGGACCAAAGUGGACCGAAGGGCAUCGCUUCCCACCGUGUCCCAAUUAGACGCCAUGAAGCUGAAGCGGCUGCACGCCAACGCCAUGGCGCCGGCCACCGUCCACGGGCAGAAGAGGGAAGAGAAGGAUGAGGUGCGAGGUCACCAGAGAGCUCGCAGGGCCUCCUCCGACGACAGCGGGCGCCCCAAGUCGGCCAUGACAGAGAAGCGCAUCAGCACCAUCCCAGAACUGACCGAGUCCCUGGAGAAGAGACUCUCUCUGCAGGACAAACACACAAUGGCGGUAAAGGAUGUUGACAAUUUGUGUGCACUCUGCCAUGACAACAUCUUCCAAGAUGGCGGCAUGGCGCUUGAAGGACUGCCGUGUGUGCACGCCUUACAUGAAGAGGUCGGCCGCAGGUCGGAGCAGUGCCGAGCACGGAGCGGCGGCGAGGUGGCGGCGGCCUGUCUGGUGCGGAGACUGCUGAGCGGCAGGCGGAGGUCAGCGGACGAGCCCGUGACGGCGAUGGAGGAGCAGCACACUUUCCGCCGUCAGCUGUCCCUGCGGAGACACCGCUGAUGUCUCAUGUGGAGGCGGAGACACCGCUGAUGUCUCAUGUGGAGGCGGAGACACCACUGAUGUCUCAUGUGGAGGCGGAGACACCACUGAUGUCUCAUGUGGGGGCGGAGACACCACUGAUGUCUCAUGUAGAGGCGGAGACACCGCUGAUGUCUCAUGUGGAGGCGGAGACACCACUGAUGUCUCAUGUGGAGGCGGAGACACCGCUGAUGUCUCAUGUGGAGGCGGAGACACCGCUGAUGUCUCCUGCGGUUCGGGGCCGACGCCCUCCUCUGAACUUUUUCUUUAUUUAUGACUUUUAUUUCUCAUAUUUCUGCUCUCAUUCUAUAAAGUUGCAUUUGUAAAGUAGUUAUUUCAACGUAGAAUAUAUUAACACUUUUCUUUUGUUAGCUAACUUUUUGUUGUUGUUUUUAUUUUUUAUUUUUUAUUGAGGCCGGUGGGGAGGUGUUGUUUAAGAUGUGUGUCAGAUUUAGUGCUCAUUGUGUGUGUUCUUAA